GCACCGGGCAGCGCGGGCAGAGAGCAGCGGUCCCAGCGGCGGCAGCUAUGGGGAUGCUCAACCUGCCGGACUUCCUCUCCUGUGGGAAGAAGAAGGACUUCAGUUUAUCAAACGAGAAAGAUGGCCAUGCCAGUCCCAGUGAUGAGAAUGCAGAGCGUGGCAACUGGUCAAACAAAGCCGAUUACCUGCUCUCCAUGGUGGGCUACGCUGUGGGGCUGGGCAAUGUCUGGAGGUUUCCCUACCUCACCUACCAGAACGGCGGAGGUGCUUUUCUAAUCCCAUACACCCUGAUGUUGGCAUUAGCUGGCUUGCCCUUAUUUUUCAUGGAAUGUUCCCUUGGGCAGUUUGCCAGCCUAGGGCCAGUUUCUGUCUGGAGAAUAUUACCGUUGUUUCAAGGAGUGGGCAUCACUAUGGUCAUCGUCUCAACAUUUGUGACGAUCUAUUACAACGUUAUCAUUGCUUAUGCCCUCUACUACUUGUUUGCCUCGUUUCAAAAAGUGCUGCCAUGGUCCGACUGCUUUUCUUGGGCAGAUGAGUUCUGCAGCAAAACACGAUUAGUAAGUGACUGUAAUGCAACCUUAGAUGGAGAAAUCAUUCAUGCAAACUACUCGUUCAUCAUAAGCAACAAUCUCACAUGUAUCAAUGGCACCGUGAACUACAAACCAGUGCAAUUUCCCACUGAGCAAUACUGGAAUAAAGUGACUCUUCAGCGUUCCAGUGGGUUGGAUGAGACUGGUAACAUCGUGUGGUACCUGGCUCUCUGCCUCCUCCUCUCCUGGAUGAUUAUUGGAGCUGCAUUGUUCAAAGGAAUAAAAUCUUCUGGAAAAGUUGUCUACUUUACUGCACUCUUUCCAUAUGUCAUCCUGCUCAUCUUGCUUGUGCGAGGUGCCACCCUGGAAGGUGCUCUGGAUGGCAUUGAAUACUAUAUUGGGAAACAGUCCAACAUCACCAAGCUGAUGGAGGCAGAGGUUUGGAAAGAUGCAGCCACCCAGAUAUUCUACUCCCUAUCUGUGGCAUGGGGUGGGCUUGUUGCUUUGUCUUCAUACAAUAAGUUCCACAACAACUGCUACUCAGAUGCUAUUUUAGUUUGUGUAAUCAACUGUGUGACGAGUGUAUUUGCUGGGUUUGCAAUAUUCUCCAUCUUGGGACAUAUGGCAUUCGUGUCCGAGAGACAUGUCUCAGAGGUCGUGGAUUCAGGAUUUGAUCUGGCAUUUGUAGCCUACCCAGAAGCUCUCUCCAAGUUACCAGUUUCUCCACUGUGGUCCUUCCUGUUUUUCUUCAUGCUUCUGCUCUUGGGCCUUGACUCUCAGUUUGCUUCCAUAGAAACACUUACAACCACCAUACAAGACAUAUAUCCCAAAGUGAUGAAAAAGUUAAGAAUCCCAAUAACCCUUGGUGUGUGUGUAUUGCUCUUCCUUCUUGGUCUCAUCUGUGUUACUCAGGCAGGAAUUUACUGGGUUAACCUAAUAGAUCACUUCUGUGCUGGAUGGGGAAUCCUUAUUGCAGCUGUCCUGGAGAUAAUUGGCAUCGUCUACAUUUAUGGAGGAAACAGGUUCAUUGCAGACAUUGAAAUGAUGAUUGGAAAGAAGGGAUGUUUAUUCUGGCUGUGGUGGAGAAUAUGCUGGUUUUUCAUUACUCCUGUGCUGCUAAUGGCCAUUUUGGUUUGGUCUUUGGUCACAUUUUCACCUCCCACUUAUGGCUCAGUGGUAUAUCCAGUCUGGGGAACUGCUGUUGGCUGGUGCAUGAUUAUCUUCUGUGUCAUCUGGAUUCCCAUUGUUGCUGUUUUUAAAAUAGUUAAAGCCAAAGGAAACCUUUUUCAGCGCAUUGCAAGCUGCUGCAGACCUGCUGCAAACUGGGGUCCCUACCUGGAAUGUCAUCGAGGAGAAAGAUACAGCCAUAUUGUAGAUCCUAAAAAGGAAAAGGAACACGAGAUUCCUACUGUGUCUAGCUUCGUAUGCACUCAACAGUGAGAUAGCCAUUUGGAUGAUACAUGUGUCUUUUUUUCUUUAACUCUUAGAAAGUGACAAUGCAGACCAACAGUAACAAAAUACAAAUCAGCCCUCUGCCCUUCAAAACCCAGCCCUCAAAUGAAAGAGAGCUCUAUUAUUAUUAUUUUUUUUAUUUUAGGGCUGUAUGUUUAGGGAGGAACAGGUAAAUCAAAUACUGAGAUCUCCACUGAUACCUAGUUCAAGAGGGUAGGAAAAGGCAUUGUAGGCUCUCCAGGCUGAUAGCCUGGGCUUGCUUAACCCCAUCAAACCAGUAUCCAGCUGGACUGCAGAUAUGGGUGUGAAAGAGAACAAAGAAAUAUUCUGGUGCUCCCCAGCUAGAGGAUGUUUGAGCCAAAAGGUACUGUGCUUUCAUGCCCCCAUGUGCUAUGAGCAGUUACUUCCUUCUGCUGUGCUUUGCCAUCCUCAGUGGGGUGCAGUCAGCAGGGAGGUGAAGAGCUGUGUUGCUGCCUGGCACUAUAGCUCAGGGAACAGGAUUAAUUUUUCUCUCUCUAAGCCUUGCUCAGUGCUGCAAGGCUUCUCAGGAUUUGAUGUUGAUACAGUGUGUGUGUGUGUGUGUUUUGUCUGUGCACCUAAAAUACUCAGUGG